AAUAGACGAAGGCGUGGGCUGAACGCACAGUUAGGGCUCCGCCCCACAAGCCGGCAGACAAUAUAAGAACGCGCGCGCCUGGCGGGAAGGCAAGAUGGCCGAGGCGUCUUAUUGAGUACGCUCUUCCUGCCGAGUCACCUACCCUCAGCCUCACCUCGCCGGUACCGGACCCGGCCUCGUCCCCGCCGCCGCUCUCCCGCCCCAGUGGUUGCCGAGGACCGCCGGAGGAAGAUGCCGAACAUCAAGAUUUUCAGCGGCAGCUCCCACCAGGACCUGUCCCAGAAGAUCACCGAUCGUCUGGGCCUGGAGCUGGGCAAGGUGGUCACCAAGAAAUUCAGUAACCAGGAGACUUGCGUGGAAAUCGGUGAAAGUGUCCGCGGAGAGGAUGUCUACAUCGUCCAGAGCGGCUGUGGUGAAAUUAAUGACAACCUGAUGGAGCUUCUCAUCAUGAUCAAUGCCUGCAAGAUCGCCUCUGCAAGCCGAGUAACAGCAGUCAUCCCUUGCUUUCCUUAUGCCCGCCAGGACAAAAAGGACAAAAGCCGGGCCCCGAUCUCUGCCAAGCUUGUGGCGAAUAUGCUGUCUGUAGCAGGAGCUGAUCAUAUCAUCACCAUGGACCUCCAUGCUUCCCAGAUUCAGGGGUUCUUUGAUAUCCCAGUGGAUAACUUAUAUGCAGAACCAGCUGUCCUGAAGUGGAUCCGGGAGAACAUUGCCGACUGGAAGACCUGCUGUAUUGUAUCCCCUGAUGCUGGGGGAGCUAAGAGAGUGACUUCAAUUGCAGACCGAUUGAAUGUUGACUUUGCCCUGAUUCACAAAGAGCGUAAGAAAGCGAAUGAAGUAGACCGAAUGGUGCUAGUCGGAGACGUCAAGGACCGAGUAGCCAUUCUAGUGGAUGAUAUGGCUGAUACUUGUGGUACUAUCUGCCACGCAGCAGAUAAACUCCUGUCGGCUGGAGCCACCAAAGUCUAUGCCAUCCUCACUCAUGGAAUAUUUUCUGGCCCGGCCAUUUCUCGAAUUAACCAUGCCUGCUUCGAGGCGGUUGUUGUCACAAACACAAUACCUCAGGAAGACAAGAUGAAGCAUUGCCCCAAAAUACAGGUGAUUGACAUCUCUAUGAUCCUGGCUGAGGCCAUCCGGAGAACUCACAAUGGCGAGUCGGUCUCCUACCUGUUCAGCCAUGUUCCUUUAUAACUGAGGCUGCUUUUCCUUUGGGAGGCAUUUCUUUGCUCCGCCACCGUUAUUUGUUAUAUUCCCGAAGUUCAGUAGAUAUCUCUGCUAGUCUGGCCUGCUCUCUGGGGUCUUUUUUUUGCUCACAUCCAGUUUCCAGGGGCUCCGUUUUCUUUAAUUACUCUCUAAAUGAGCCUUUCAGCUUUACUCUAACUCUGUGGAGAGCAGGCCUGAUGUAUCCAUCCUAGAAGUGUGGUUGGGAGGGUGAGGAACGGGGAGGGAAGGGAUAGAUGUGCCACUCUGCAUGCACAUUUCGGCCAUUCUGGUUGGUUAGAUUGUGUGUUAAAAUAAAAGUCUGCAAAGUUAAA